AUGUUGUCAACGGAGCCUGAGCACAAAGAGAUGAACGAGAAUGUUAUACAGGGAACUCAGGUGGAAGAGAGACCCUAUCAAUGUAGCCAAUGUGGGAAAAGCUUCAAACACAAGUCGAACCUUUAUCAACACCAAAGAGUUCACACAGGAGAGGCCCCCUAUAUAUGUAAGCAGUGUGGGAAAAGCUAUAAGCACAAGACGUCCCUUGUACUGCAUGAAAGAAGUCACACGGGAGAGAAGCCCUAUAAAUGUGAGGAAUGUGGAAGAAGCUUCAGUCUGCAUCAAAGAAUCCACACGAAAGAGAAGCCUUAUCAAUGUGAAAAAUGUGGGAAGAUCUUCAAUCAAAAGAGCACUCUGAACGUACACCAGAGAACCCACACAGGAGAGAGGCCAUACAAAUGCUCAGAGUGCGGGCAGAGCUUCAGUCAUAAGUCCAACUUGAAAGUACACCAGAGAACCCACUCAGGGGAGAGGCCAUACAAAUGCUCAGAAUGUGGCAAGAGUUACAUUACCCGAUCCAAACUUAGGCUGCAUGAAAGAAUCCACACGAAAAAGAAGCCUUAA